AUGGGUUUUCAUCUAUUACAGUUUGUUGACACUUCGGUACGGGUAAGCCUUCCCUCUCUCGCCUGUUCGAUUGCUGGGUGGAGUGGUGGAUGCUUCACAAUGCAGAAGCUUCGAGGGCUCCAGCUUCAACCCUUCAAAGAGUUGGAAACACGGAUUCAGCCCCAAAAAUACGGUACCGACUUUUCCAAGUCCGUGGACACUGCAUGUCUACCUUGUAUGUGA